CCGGCUGAAGUCAUCAGCGGGAGGGGAGUGAAUGGGUCUUGCACGCAAAGCAGAAAAGCGCUGAAACUCUGGUGGAGCUGCCUCUCAGUUACAGCGAGCAGGGGGAGCGCCGCGCGUUUGACAGCAGUGCCUUAGUUUUGUAUUCCUGGUGCUGAUUCUGUGGUUGGCUUUCACUUUCUCGAGUGCGCGUUUAAUCUGAUGCUGAGAUGAGGUGGAGACACUUAGAGCGCGUGGCGUGUUGAGCGUGUCCACAGCCCGGGACGCACGGCUCACCUCCGCUUAGAGGGACGGGGAGAGGAAGGGAGAGGUCAAUGUGGAGCCCUACAUAUGGAUCUUUUCUCUGAGACAUUUUGUAAGUUAUUGUAAAUAAUCGCAGAUCAUUCUUUUCAUCCUUUUUUUUUUUUUUUACCCACCUUUGCUGAUGUUUGGUUGUGCUCCUGUGCGCAACAGAUGCCAGUCAAGCUUUUUUGGUGCGUUUGGAUGUUUUUUAAAGGGGAUGUUCUCCACCGCUGCAAGGAUAACUGACCCCUGAGUCAGUCUGGCUUUCUUGGCACUUAUGUGGAUCCUAUCCAGGAUGUUACAGUCCAAACGGCCCAGGCUUCAUUGGGCCACCGUACACUACCACCACCACAUAUCUCCCCAUAGCUGGGCGUCCUGCUGUGUCUAGGAAUUAUCCACAGUCAGUCCUCUGCUCCCGUCUGCGGGAAAGAAAAACGUGAAAAAAAAGUGUUUUGGUGAACAUUGACAUUGGCUUUACGAGUCUCAUCUCUGGGCUACUAUGCAAUUACAACUGGUCUCCUUUGUUUUGAUCAUCUUGCACUGCAUGGAUUAUACUGGUUGUCAGCCGCACAGCAGCCCCAGGCACCGGCAACAUAAACAGUUCUCUGGUGUGAGCUCAGGGUGCCAGCAGGGGGGCUGCCUGACCUGCUCGGACUAUAAUGGCUGCCUGUCCUGCAAGCCGCGCUUCUUCAUGCAUUUGGAGAGGAUCGGGAUGAGGCAGAUCGGGGUGUGCAUGACUUCCUGUCCUCCGGGAUUUUACGGCACUCGCACACCAGAGAGAAGCACUUGUACAAAGUGCAGGUCGGAGUGCGACUCUUGCUUCAACAGGAACUUCUGCACGCGCUGCCGAGCAGGAUUCUACCUUUCCGUGGGCAAGUGCCAACAGAACUGCCCUGAAGGCAUGGUUCCUAGCGACACGCAGAAGGAGUGUGUACCCAGGUGCCCUGCUGAUUGUGAGUUGUGUGCGAACAGCGAAACGUGUACACAGUGCCGUCCGGGCUUUUUCCAGCUGAGCGGGAGGUGCUACCACAUCUGUCCAGAUGAAUAUGAGCCCAAUGACAAGCUCAUGGAGUGCACAGCACAAGUGCACUGCGAAGUGGGCGAGUGGAGCGAGUGGAGCCCCUGCUCCAAGCUCGGGAAAACCUGUGGCUUUAAACGGGGCCAGGAGACCCGCACGAGACAGGUCCUGCAGUAUCCAUCCCCUUUUGGCAAACCCUGCCCGGAGAUCUCUGAGAUCAAAGAAUGUCUGGUCAAGAAGAGGAAAUGUCCAGGAGGACAGAGAAACCCUGAGCGCAGAGGGAAAAGAAAUCGCAACAACCGCAAAGACAAGGACAGCCAGGGCCGGCGAAGGGAGAGGAAGCGGGAAAAGCAGCAGGACAGGGACGCAGGUGAACGUGAAGACUCUGAUAACAGGAACAAAACGGAGCACAGGCACCGCCGGGGCCAGGACGUCUCUCCGGAUGAUAGCAUUGUGCAGUAAUGGAGAGUAGAGACAAAGUCUAAAGGCUCCCCACCACCUUCCCGCCGUCUUCUCAUCCUUCCUGCUCCACAACGUCCCCACCCUCCCCAUUUUGCCCCCUCCUCACAGGGGUGUUGCUGCUAACCUGUGUGAUUUGAAUAGACUGUUUAUGCACCAGCACAAUUGGGGCGCAUUCAGUCACAAAGCAUGGGCUACUAUUGACUUUAAAAAGUCUUUUUUUUUCCUGCUCUGUAGUCUCAACUCCUUCAUCUCCUCUACUGAGUGUCUCCUCCACACAUACAGACAACACUGCUGUGGGACUUAAAACCGGUGAGAGUUGUCUGUGACUUUGUGGAGGAUUGUCCGGCAGACGGACAGAGAGUGCUUGUCGAUAAGGUUAUUUAAUGGGGCUCUGGUACAACAUUGUGCAUCUUGGUUUUUGAAUGUAGAUUUUGCAGCAUAUGUAGAACAAUUGUUUAUUUUUUGUUGUACCCUUUCCUUUUUUUUUUAGAUCUCUUUGUUUGAUCCAAUGUUUGUAAAGAAAAAUAACAAAAA